AUGGAGGUCCUCAAUGGACCUGCCGUUCAGGCGUCUGGUGUACCAAUUUCCUGGACGCUUUAUUUCCCUAGCGAGGAGUUCUCUCCCGAGGACAGACGAGCCGAGCUCAUCAAAUCGCUCAUUGACGGAUUCCUCACGGAGAAAGGCCAGCAGCUGCUGCAGCAGGCCGAUCCUAAGGAGCUGUCUCUGUUUUCAAGAUGGACGGUCAGCAUGGAGUCAUUGAAGCAGCAUCUGCAGCCUGCGUGCAGCGCUGGCCAGAGUGAUCUGGGCGCAGCUGCGGAGUUGCUGCUUCAAGCGCUUGAAGCAGCGCCUGAGGAAGCACUGGCCUGCCUCGGUGCUGCUGCCACUGAGAUGUUUCUGGAGAGAGGCCUGAUCGAGGCCCCAGCCCUUCCCUCUGCGUCAGCAUGUGCCUCACAGCACGCCUCCUCUCGCCUGGCUGUGAGGCUGGUGGACCACACUGACUCAGUCAUCGAGUUCAAGAAGCUCAAAGCCAGCAGCCUCGAUCGGCUGGUGACAGUGUGUGGGACGGUGGUGCGGGUGGGUCCACUGCGGCCUCUAGUGGUGGCAAUGGAUUUCACCUGCACUCGCUGCGGCGCCAUCACCUCGCUCUCCUUCCCUGACGGCCGUUUCACCCAGCCUACUGCUUGCGGUCAUGACAACUGCCGCAACCGCACCUUCUUGCAAAACCGGGCAGGCGGCACGGGAGGGGGAGAGGACAUGGGGAGGAUGCCACGGGUGGUUGACUGCGAGCUGAGGGAGGACCUGGCGGAUGCGUGCCUGCCGGGGGACGUGGUGGCAGUGUGUGGGAUUGUCAAGAUCAUCAACAACGAGACGGACGUGGGAGGAGUCACUACCCCAAGCGCCGCCGCCACCACUGCUGCAACUGCCACCCCUGCUCUCCGCUCUCCUCCCUCUGCGGGUGGUGCGAGUGGAGGGGCGGUGGAGCUGGGCGAGGAGGACCUGAGGGGCAUAUUGGAGUAUGUGGUGGAGCAUGAGGGCGAGGGCGACCUGUUUCAGCACAUCGUGCACUCCUUCUGCCCCUCCAUCUACGGCCAUGUGCUUGUUAAAGGUGCGAUUACUUGCCUGCUCUUCGCUCUCCGUCGUGUGCUGCUAUUGGUGCGAGUGGAAGGGCGGUGGAAAGCUGGGGGAGGAGGACAUGAGGAAGAAGGUGAUCUGUUACAGCACAUCGUGCACUCCUUCUGCCAUUCCGUCUACGGCCAUGCGCAGGUCAAGUGGCACCUGCAGUUGCUUCCCUCUUCCUCCCUGCUUCCGUCUCCCCUGUCUCUCUCACUCGCAGCGGGCAUUAUACUGUCGCUCUUUGGAGGUGUGCGCAAGCAUGAAGGGGAUGCCAACCGCGUGCCAGUCAGGGGCGAUGUGCACGCGCUGCUAGUGGGAGAUCCAGGCAUGGGCAAGAGCCAGCUGCUCAAAGCAGCAGCAGCGGUGGCACCUCGUGGGGUGUAUGUGUGUGGCUCUGGCGCCUCCUCUGUGGGGCUCACAGUGGCCGUGGUGAAGGACGGGCCUGGUGGGGAGUACGCAUUCGAAGCAGUUGCCGUGGUCAAGGAUGGGCCUGGAGGGGAGUACGCCUUUGAAGCAGGUUGGUGGUGGGAGGGUAAGAAGGGCGAGCGGGAGGGGAUGGGUGCUGCAGUGCCUGUGGCGCCUCGUGGGGUGUACGUGUGUGGGUCUGGCGCCUCUUCUGUGGGUCUCACAGUGGCAGUGGUCAAGGACGGGCCUGGCGGGGAGUACGCAUUCGAAGCAGGAGCAAUGGUGAUGGCGGAUCAGGGCACGUGCUGCAUUGACGAGUUUGAUAAGAUGGGCAACGAGCAACAGGUGGGCGAGUUGUGGGUAGCAUGCUAUGGGGAGCUUUACUUGGCUCUUUCAUUUCCUCUUCCUCGGCCCGCUCCCUCCCCCAGGCGCUAUUGGAGGCCAUGGAGCAGCAGAGCGUGGGUGUGGCCAAGGCAGGUCUCACAUCUGCACCCUCGUCAUCUCUACUUUGCUCUUUCCCACCUCGCCCUCUCGCUCCCCUGCUUCCCCCUCUUCCAGGCGCUAUUGGAGGCCAUGGAGCAGCAGAGCGUGGGUGUGGCCAAGGCAGGUCUCACAUCUGCACCCUCGUCAUCUCUACUUUGCUCUUUCCCACCUCGCCCUCUCGCUCCCCUGCUUCCCCCUCUUCCAGGCGCUAUUGGAGGCCAUGGAGCAGCAGAGCGUGGGUGUGGCCAAGGCAGGUCUCACAUCUGCACCCUCGUCAUCUCUACUUUGCUCUUUCCCACCUCGCCCUCUCGCUCCCCUGCUUCCCCCUCUUCCAGGCGCUAUUGGAGGCCAUGGAGCAGCAGAGCGUGGGUGUGGCCAAGGCAGGUCUCACAUCUGCACCCUCGUCAUCUCUACUUUGCUCUUUCCCACCUCGCCCUCUCGCUCCCCUGCUUCCCCCUCUUCCAGGCGCUAUUGGAGGCCAUGGAGCAGCAGAGCGUGGGUGUGGCCAAGGCAGGUCUCACAUCUGCACCCUCGUCAUCUCUACUUUGCUCUUUCCCACCUCGCCCUCUCGCUCCCCUGCUUCCCCCUCUUCCAGGCGCUAUUGGAGGCCAUGGAGCAGCAGAGCGUGGGUGUGGCCAAGGCAGGUCUCACAUCUGCACCCUCGUCAUCUCUACUUUGCUCUUUCCCACCUCGCCCUCUCGCUCCCCUGCUUCCCCCUCUUCCAGGCGCUAUUGGAGGCCAUGGAGCAGCAGAGCGUGGGUGUGGCCAAGGCAGGUCUCACAUCUGCACCCUCGUCAUCUCUACUUUGCUCUUUCCCACCUCGCCCUCUCGCUCCCCUGCUUCCCCCUCUUCCAGGCGCUAUUGGAGGCCAUGGAGCAGCAGAGCGUGAGUGUGGCCAAGGCAGGACUGCUGGCAAACUUCAGUGCGCGCACUGCAGUGCUGGCUGCUGCUAACCCCGUUGGUGGGCAUUACAAUCGAGCGCGCACACUAAACGAGAAUCUGAAGCUGUCUGCCGCUCUGCUGUCAAGAUUCGAUUUGAUCUUCAUUCUCCUGGACCGCCCAGACCACCACACGGACCAACGUCUGUCAGAGCACGUGCUACAGAUGCAUGCGGGCAUGCCGUCUCGGUCCAAGGCGUCCAAGCGCUGCUCCCAUCUCUUCCUCACGGCCCCAUCAGCCACGGACGGCCAUGCAUCGCACCUCGACCUGCCCCUCUCCCACCGCCUCCGCCUGCGCUCCUCUGCUGCCCGCAACUUCUCCCCCCUCUCUCCUGCUCGCCUGCGCCAGUACAUUGCAUAUGCCCGCACGCAUGUGCACCCCAGGCUCUCAGAGGAGGCGCGUGCAGUGAUCAAGGCGUUCUAUUUGCGGCUGAGGGAGCACAGCCGCGCCAUGGACGGCCCUCCAAUCACAGCGCGCCAGCUGGAGAGCCUCGUCCGGCUUGCCGAGGCUCGGGCCCGUGUGGAGCUGCGGGAGGAAGUUACCGAGGCUGAUGCCCAGGAGGCAGUGGAGCUGAUGGGGGAGUGCUUGCUGGACAAGCUAACAGACGAGGCGGGCAACAUUGACGCGGGGCGGGGCGGCAGCUCGAGCAAGUCAAAGGAGUCAAAGCGGUUCCUUGCCGCCCUGCAACGCACGGCUAAGCAGGCAAUCAAAACGUGCUUCUCAAGGAAGGAGCUGGCCCAGUUAGCGGAUGACAUGUGUCUGAGAGUGCCGGAUCUUGAUGCACUGAUUGACAGCCUGAAUGAAGCGGGCUUCCUGCUGAAGAAGGGUGGAGGGCUCUUCCAGGUACGAGUCACCCUCAUCACUCUUGAGUCGGCUCAUUAG